AUUCUGUGUUGAUUGAAAGCUAAGUCUCUCUGACAAAAGGAGAGUGGAGAAAAACACCCUAGUGUGAAUGUCAAGACAAUAUCAAUGCCCACAUGACUCUUUACUUCUAAACCCAGCAACAUCCAUGCCUCUGCUUCCUGGGUUUCCACCCUUUCUGCCAAUGCCACUAUUAUUUGAGGGAACCAUGGCGUUGUUCAGGAAGUUCUUUUAUAGAAAGCCGCCGGAUGGGGUUUUGGAGAUAUCCGAGAGAGUCUACGUCUUUGAUUGCUGCUUUACCACGGACAUUUUGGAAGGUGAAGAAUAUAAGGUCUACUUGAGAGGCAUACUAGGUCAACUCCAUGAUCAUUUUCCUGACGCUUGUUACAUGGCGUUUAACUUCAGAGAAAGAGAGCACCAGAGCCAGAUAGCUAAUAUAUUGGGUGACUAUGACAUGACUGUAAUAGACUAUCCUUGUCAAUAUGAAGGUUGCCCAUUACUUCCAAUGAAGAUGAUCCUUCAUUUCUUGAGAUCAAGUGAAAGCUGGCUCACGUUAGCACAGCAAAAUUUAAUCUUAAUGUAUUGUGAACAAGGUGGAUGGCCUGUUUUGGCCUUUAUGCUUGCUGCUCUCAUGAUAUAUAGGAAGCAAUUCAUGGGGGAGCAGAAAACUUUAGGCAUGAUCUAUAAGCAAGCACGUCAUGAACUUUUGCAGCUGAUGUCACCAUUGGAUCCAUUGCCCUCUCAACUAAGGUACCUUCAAUAUGUCUCAAGGAGAAAUUUGGAAUCAGAAUGGCCCCCAUUGGAUCGACCACUUACAUUAGACUGUAUUAUUAUAAGAUGUAUUCCUAAUAUGGAUGGCGAAGGGGGCUGCCGUCCGAUUUUUAGAAUAUAUGGACAAAAUCCUUUCAUGGCUACUGAGAAGACUCCCAGGAUUCUGUUUUCAACACCAAAGAACAGCAAACUUGUUCGGCAUUACAAGCAGGCAGAUUGUGAACAAGUUAAAAUUGACAUCCACUGCCAUAUUCAAGGUGACGUUGUGCUGGAGUGUAUUAGCUUGGAUAGUGAUCAAAAGAGGGAAUCAAUGAUGUUCCGUGUCAUGUUCAAUACAGCCUUUACAAGAUCAAGUAUUUUGAUACUUAACCGUGAUGAAAUUGACAUCUCAUGGAAUGCUAAGGACCAGUUUCCAAAGGAAUUUAGAGCAGAGGUUAUUUUCUCAGAUAUGGAUGCUCCAACUUCUAUUAUUUCAUUUGAUAAGUUGGGUAAAGAAAAUAAAGAUGGUCUCUUUGAGGAAGCUUUUGAUAAUGUUCAAGAGUUUUUAUGCAAUGUUGAUUGGGUAGAUCAGAAGACAGACAUAGCAAAUGUGCUUCAUCAUAUCUCAGUAUCAAAUAUGCUGCAAGAGAAUUUUGAGAUGAUUUCUCCCAGGAGUGCGGGCAGAGCUAAUUUCUCGCUUGAAUCAGCUCUGGAGAAAGUUAAAGGCAUUUCAAAAUUGAAAGCACUAGAAGUUGCAAGUCCUACAUUUGUUUCUUUGGUGAAACAAUCUUCACCCUCUUUUGGACAAUCUGUGAGUGCAAAUUCAACUAAAAUGACGAUUGAGUGCCAGGAUGAGGUUACUCCCGAUCAACCUGCACGAGCAUUGCCUUAUACUAAACCAUCCAUGGGCUCCCAUUCAAUUGAAAGGAAGGCUGAAGCCCCAGAACUACAUGUUACUCUUGAACAGCCUAAAGAGUCUAAGUCCUCUUUUAAACCAUCCUCUGAUGCAAAUGAAAUAAAAAGGAAUAUUGAGCCUCAAGAACUUCAGGCUGCUCUUCAACGGUCUCCACAAUCUAAGAUCAUAUCCCAGCAAGUAUCUCAUGCUUCAAUAUCUGUUCCAGUUUCAUAUUGCAGUUCCCUGCAAGGAUCCCCUGUGCCCAUAUCAAGGUACCAUAGUGCACCUUCAGCCCUUGGCAUUACAGCUUUGUUGCAGGAUCAUGCUGCCUCUAGAAGUGAAGAAGACAUCCAUGCAGUUACAUCACCUCUAUCUUCCUCAGCUUCUACAUCUCCUUUGACAAUGAAUAUAUCUAAACCUCUGCAGCAGAGCCAUCCGUCUAGUCAACCACCACCACCCCCUCGACCUUGCACACAAUCUUCUAAUGAGGCUUCUAUAGUAAAGGAUGCUUCUGCAACAGAACCUCUUCCUCCACCUCCUCGAGUGACCACAAUAGCGAGUUUUGCCCAACAAAUUGGAAUUGCAUUACUGGUUAGAGAUCAGUCAUCAUCCGUUCUGUCUCCUCCUGCAUUGUCCCCUCCAGUGAGUUCAUCUUCUGCAAUCCAAACCUCCCAUUCAUCUUCCCUUUCUCCUCCUCCUCCUCCUCCUCCUCCAUCUCUCACAGUUAAGAGCUCAUUUCAACGUCCACUGUCCCCGCCCCCUUCUCCACCCCCUUCUAAAUCUUCCCUCGUCUACAACUCAUUUUCAGCUCCCCCUUCACCUCCUCCACCUCCGGCUAUGGCAUCAUCAACUACUUGUUCAAUUUCUUCUCCACCACAGGUUGGAGUGCCUCCACCACCACCUCUGCCUCAUAUAUGUUCUGCAUCUGUCUCGUCUCCUGCUAGUGUAUCUUCAGCACCACCACCUCCAGCCAGUCAUGUUUCAAGGGGUUCUUUGUCAAAUAAUUUAUCACACGUUGCACCUGUGCCUCCUCCUCCAGCUCCUUGUGCCAAUGGAUUAUCAAGAGCUGGAAGUGUCUCUCAGCAAUCACAUUCUGGAAGCAAUGGUAAUAUACCUCCAAUACCUGGACCACCUUCUGGAAGGGGCCUAUCACGCACAGGUCUGAAAAGCCAGGCUCAACCUAGAAAGGCCAACUUGAAACCAUACCAUUGGUUAAAGUUGACAAGGGCCACGCAAGGGAGCUUAUGGGCUGAGGCACAAAAACCUGAGGAAGCUUCCAAGACUCCACAAUUUGACAUGUCAGAACUUGAGAGUCUUUUCUCAGCAGCUGCACCAAAUUCAGAUGAUGGGAGCAAGGGUGGAAAAUCAAGGCGGGCCUCAGGCCCUAAGUCUGAGAAAGUCCAGCUGAUUGAGCUCAGGCGAGCAUAUAAUUGCGAAAUCAUGCUUACAAAAGUGAAAAUUCCUUUGCCUGAUUUGAUGAGUUCAGUCCUUGCCCUGGAUGAUUCAGCAUUAGAUGUUGACCAGGUUGAAAACCUUAUUAAAUUUACUCCAACAAAAGAAGAGAUGGAAUUACUGAAGGGUUACAAUGGAGAUAAGGAAAACUUGGGAAAAUGCGAACAGUUCUUUUUAGAAUUGAUGAAAGUGCCACGGGUGGAGUCAAAACUAAGAGUUUUCUCCUUCAAAAUACAGUUCUGUUCCGAGGUUUCUGAUCUCAGAAAUAGUUUGAAUAUUGUAAACUCAGCAGCUGAAGAGGUUAGGAAUUCAGUCAAGUUGAAAAGGAUAAUGCAAACCAUUCUCUCUCUUGGAAAUGCUUUGAACCACGGGACUGCAAGGGGUUCUGCAAUUGGAUUUAGAUUGGAUAGUCUCCUCAAACUCACUGACACACGAGCCAGAAACAAGAAGAUGACUCUCAUGCACUAUCUCUGUAAGGUUCUUGCUGAAAAGCGGCCAGAACUUUUAGAUUUUCCAAAAGACCUUGUGAGUCUGGAGGCUGCAACCAAGAUACAACUGAAAUAUUUGGCAGAAGAAAUGCAAGCCAUUAGUAAAGGGCUGGAGAAAGUUGGGCAAGAACUGACUGCCUCAGAAAAUGAUGGUCUAGUGUCUGAUACUUUUUGCAGGACUUUGAAGGGUUUCCUUAGUUUUGCUGAGGGUGAAGUCAAGUCUUUGGCGUCACUUUAUUCUAGCGUGGGUAGAAAUGCAGAUGCCUUGGCUCUUUAUUUUGGGGAAGAUCCAGCCCGCUGCCCAUUUGAGCAAGUGGUAUCUACUCUCCUCAACUUUGUGAGGAUGUUUGUUCGAGCACAUGAUGAAAACUGCAAGCAGCUUGAAUUUGUAAAAAGGAAAGCACAGAAGGAAACAGAAAAUGAGAUGCUAAACAUGAGUAGUCAAAGUGAGGGAUCUGAAUGGUUGAUGCAGAGUACCAUUAAGAGUGUCAACGGUCAAUGAUAGCUGUUUACCAAUAAGCACCGCAUAUUGCAUUGGGAACCGAAGAUGUCCUCCCACAAAAACCCAUCUGAUUUAACAAGGAAAAACAAUGAAACCAUGACAGGAAAAACACACAUGGAAGCUGGAAAGGGUCCCAGAAUUGUUGUCAAUUUAUCAUGGAACAGGAUGUAUAUCAGGAUGAAUUUAAGGAAUAUUGGAAACAGAAAUGCAUGUGGGGUAAGGCAAAGAUGAAAAUCUGGUUUCAGACAGUUAAAGUGUAAUCCAACUGCAAUUCUAAAUGUACAUUUCUGCAGUUCGUGAACCUUAUAACACGGUUUACUGUUUUGAAGCUGAGAUGGAAUUGAUGAAUUCUUGAUCAACAAGCCGCUUGUAAGAUACCUUUACACAAGUUUUUUAUAAAAAGAAUAGAAUUCU